UACACUUAAAGGCAUUUAAAAUCGGGGAAACCGCGUUAGUAUACAGUUGUGAGUUAUCAGAAGUAAUUGAGAAGUGAGCUCGCUUUAGCUAUAAAUAUGGAAACAGUUAAUAGAAGUGUUGAAAAUUUACCUAAAUCUAUUGACAAUAUUAAGCAGAAUGGAGUUGUCUUUAAAAACACUGAUUGGACUAACAUGAUUUUCGAAAAAUUUCUACAAAAUGGAUCAAGAGAUUAUACGAUUCAAGAUGUCGCAAUAAUAAAUAAGCGCCUGGCAUGUACGAAAGGACAAAAUUUUUUGAGUCAAGUUUGGAGGUUUUCAUUGCGAUACACAUGUAUCGAAAAAAAUAAUCCAUUCAAAAGAAUUAAAAAAAUAGUACACUUAAUACUAAAAGAAGAACCAUUAGCGGGAUUCAGUUUAGAUUAUAUUCGCGAGAACGGUAUAUUCAAUGUCGAAUUGAUGGUAUUUACAAAUAUAUUACCUUCUAUGGAGCGGCUUGCUGGUCGACAAUUUGCGCCACGUUUUUUUUGUGGAUCAACCCAGCCUCCGACGAUUAUUCUUGAAGAUUUAAAGCCUCUUGGCUUCAAAAAUAAAUGCCGCCAAGCAGGAUUAUCACAAGCGCACAUGCUAAAAGCUAUUGAAGCUAUUGCACAAUUUCAUGCUGGAUCAGUCGCACUAAAUGAUCAGGAACCUGGACGUUUUUUACGUUUUAGGCCGAGUUCAUCAUCCGAAGAAACACAUGCUCAUAUGUACGAUUGGUUGGAUUUUAUCAUUGAUCAAAUAGCUGAUAAAAUCCGUAAAUGGUCUGAACCUUGGGCAAUUCGUGCCUCAGAUAAAUUAAAAAAAUUACGUAGAGUUACACAACAUGAAAAACUUUUGAAAGUGUCUGAGUAUGACAAUGAUGAAUUUUGCGUAUUAAAUCAUGGGGAUUGUUGGAUUGGUAAUUUCAUGUUUCGUGAAAAUGAUAAUACUAUACCACUUGAAGUACGAAUGUUGGAUUAUCAAAUGUCAAUUUGGACAUCACCAGCAGUUGAUUUACAUUAUUUUAUCAACACAUGUCCUGAGGUUAAUCUUAAAGUCGAUUAUGAUGAUUAUUUUAUUAAAAAAUACGUCGAAAUAUUGUCAAAGUCAAUGAAAAGCUACGGCUGUAUUACAGCACCGCCAACACUUCAAGAUAUUAAAAGUUCGAUGUACAAAAGACGCAUUUAUGGACUUAUGUCUGGUUUAAUAUUUUAUCCGCGAAUGAUUGCUGACGUUUCGGAUAUAGAAGCGAUAGAUGAGUGUUUCAAAAGUGGUACAACUAAAAUGAACAUAUUUAAAAAUCCACGAGCUGUCAGAGCGUUGAAAAAAAUGAUUCCUGCGAUGUUAGAAAAAGGUUAUUUAGAUUAAUUAUUAGAUAUUACUAGAAAUUAAGUAGCCAAUUGAUUAUUAGUUAUUUUUUGUUUUAUUUUUUAACGUGUGUUUAUUAGAUUUGAAUUGAUAUUAAAAUUUGAAAAUUUUUAAUAUUUUUUUAACGUCAGUAGACUUUCAAAAGUCAGAUAAAAAGUAAUAUGUGUAGUAAACCCUUGCGUAACUGUGGCAAAUUUCUGAAAGGAUCUACUUUCAAGUGCUACACAGUACGGUGGUUGGUACAGUAGCAUUUUUGAACCUCCUACUGUAAAUUUACAAACACAGCGAGAAACGCAUUGAAUUGUUGAGAAAAAAAAAAGAAAAAAAAAUGUUGAUUUAUAAUAGGGCAGUAAAGCAGUAGGUAAAAUCCUGUGGAGUUGGUCUUGCUAACCUACAUCGUGAACAGAGAAAUUGUUGUGGCAAGCCUCGAUGGGUGGUUUCUGGGUUCUGAUGGAA